AUGAAUACAUGGGCUUUAAUAGCCUUCGCCUUAUGGGCUCUGUUUAUGCGUAGCUUGCCAAAAAUUAUGGAAUUUCUCAAACUACGACAAUGGUCUCAAUCGGUACCGGGUCCCACAAUCAGUGAAUUCAUUGAAAAUGUUAAAAAAGGACAAAUCCUUUCAUGGUUUAAGGAGUUACGUGAAAAACACGGCGCAACCUUCCGCAUUUGGUUGGGCAAAGAUUUGAUGGUUUUCUUUACCGACCCAGAGGAUGUCAAACAGUUGUUGGGCAACAAUAAUCUUUUGCAUAAAUCUAGGAAUUACAGUAGUGUCGAGCCUUGGCUGGGCAAGGGUCUGUUAACAAAUGGUGGAGAAUCAUGGCAUUCAAGAAGAAAAUUCCUGACACCAGCAUUUCAUUUUCGUAUUCUAAGUGAAUUUAAAGGACCAAUGGAGGAAAAUUGUCGUAUCCUAAUGCGUCGCCUAGAGGAGAAGGCGAAUGGCGAAGAAUUCGAUAUUUAUCCCUAUAUUACGCUGUUCGCUUUGGAUGUUAUUUGUGAAACGGCCAUGGGUAUUAAGAAGAAUGCACAAAUGCAAUCCGAAUCGGAUUAUGUUAAGGCGGUGCAACAAAUUUGUCACAUUUUACACAAACGUUCCUUUAACUUUUGGCAAAGGAAUAAUGUCUUCUUUAAAUUCACGGAGGAUGGCCGCAAGCGUGAUGCCUGCUUGAAAAUUCUACAUGACGAAACCAAUCGUGUAAUUAAACUAAGGCGUAAAAUGUUACAAGAUUCCAAAAUCACAACUAUGCAGGAAGCCGAGAAGUCUUGUGAUAGUUUUGGUCAAAAGAAACGUUUCGCAUUUUUGGACAUGCUGCUGAUUUCACAAAUGGAAGGUGUCCCACUAUCGGAUCGUGAAAUUCGUGAAGAAGUUGAUACAUUCAUGUUUGAGGGACAUGACACGACCAGUUCUGCAAUUGGUUUUGCUAUUUAUUUGUUAUCGCAACAUGCGGAAGUGCAAAAGCAAGCCUAUGAAGAGGCAAUGGCUAUGGAGGGUCGUGAAAAAGAAUCCAUGCCCUACAUGGAGGCCAUCAUUAAGGAAACAUUACGUUUAUACCCAUCGGUGCCAUUCUAUUCACGUGCUGUCAACGAAGAUUUACAAGUUGGUCAGCUGACGGUACCCAAGGGUGCUAGUGUCAGUAUUUUAGCCUACAUGGUACAUCGUGAUGAAACCUAUUAUCCCGAUCCGGAAAAAUUCGAUCCUUCAAGAUAUUUUAAGAAUGAAAAAGAUUUGCACCCGUUCAGUUUUGUUGCAUUUAGUGCUGGGCCGAGAAACUGUAUUGGUCAAAAGUUCGCCAUGCUGGAAUUGAAAUGCAGUUUGUCACACUUGCUGCGUAAUUUUGAAUUUUUACCCGUCAAGGACUUUAAACCGGUUGCUCUGCCCGAACUGGUAAUGAAGAGUGGCAAUGGUAUUAAAGUCGGUAUUAAACGUCGUUCUUAA